ACGGCUCUAGUCAACACGACUGAAAUGAGGGAGACGAGAUGAACCUCUCUUUUUAAAAUGGCCACUCAUGGUGUCACGCGAGGGUAUGUUACAUCGUACUCACAAUAGGUUCGCGUCGAUUUUGCAAAUGUAAGAAUUUUGUGAGUGUUGACAACAUUACCAUUACGCCCAACAAUCAAUUUUAUUUCUUCAAAAUCAUAUAAAAUACGACCAAGAAUGAUUCGAAAGGAUCAUUCAUGAAGCCUCGGCGUCAGUGUAACAUCAAUGGAUCAGACACUUCCGUGACGCCUUAGUGACUGAUUUAGUAUUGUCAUAUGGUCAUCUCGAUAUCGUCCGAUUCUAUAUACACUCCAUUGUAUAUACUGUGGUAAACACUCUUUUGAUUCGUAGAUCGAUUGGUUUUAAACGUGAUUUUAUGCGGUGAUUUAUCAGAAGAUACAGAUUUCUGAUAGUGGAGAGGAUAGUGGAAAACGUGCCAUCGGCGACGUUUUCAUAAUGCUUCAAUGACUUUUAGAUUCUACAAUACUAAAACCUUCCAAAGAAUUUGAUUGUUUACAAAAUCGACAUGAGUAGAUGCAACGAAAGUGGUAUAUCUCUAGCGACACCGCCUACAAUUCAUGUUGGGCCUAUUGUCACACCAGGAUCCAACGAAACUAUUUCAAUCGUGAUACCAUUAUCAGCGCAACUGACCUCAAUGACUAACCAGAAAAUUGAUAAGAAUUAUAAAGAUUGCAGCAAGGACACAAAACGACCAGUUGUUGCUAAUUCUCGAAGUCUGAGAAAUGAUAGGACAAAAGGCUGUCCAUUUCCCACAUGCACACGGUAUGGACGAGCAUUUUCCAGAGCACAUGAUUUGAAACGGCACAUAGCUCGGCAUGCAAUGCGUAAAGAAAAAUUGCAGCAAGCUGAACAACAAAAAGUUGAUAUAGAAAACACUGCAAGUGAUGCAACUUUAAGAGAUGCUCUUUUGCAUGACAUAGAAGAGAAGGGCGGAUAUUUCUGUCCACGAUGUAAAAAGAGAUACAAUGAUGAGGAUAAGCUGAAAGUUCAUCUGGCUUCACAUGGCAAAAUAACAUCAAAAAACAAUCACUUAAAACCUGAGGAACAUGCUAGGAAUAUGCUGCAGAAUCAAAUGAUCAUGGAUAAAUCAUCAACAACAAAAAAUCUUGCUGAGGACGACUUUCUUUUAGAAGAAAUGCUAUUGCUAAAGAAGGAUCCUCGAAGAUCAAAUAAGAAUGAUUCAAAGAUUAGGUGCGAUUAUUGUUCAAAAACUUUCAAAACUAAGUGGACUCUGAGCUCGCAUGUGGCCGCUCACGAAGGCCGUUUUCAGUUUGAUUGUGGUCAAUGUGGUAAGAAAUUUGUUAGAAAGAGCCAUUAUGAAGGACAUAUGCGUUCUCACGAAGCCGCCAGGCCGUAUACUUGCGAACAAUGUGGCAAAACAUUCAAAGAGCUCAAACAUCGUCGCGAACAUACCAAGAGAAAACAUCCGAGUAAUCAGAGCGCAAUACAGAAUUUAUUAGAUAGUAUUGGACCAUGCGCACCUGAAGAGACGAAUAUUGAUCAGGCUAAAUUCACUUUGCUAAUGCCGGAACCUUCGAAUUGAUGGAAUCCAGAUUUCUUAGAACGUUGCAGCCUUGGAACAUUGGACUUUUGGAACUUUACGUUUUUGGUAUUUUGGAUGCAUAGGAACUCGGAUUCUCGGAAUUUUGGUUAUAUAGAAGAUGGAAUUCUUGAAACUUUGAAUACUUGGAAAAUAGAAUCCUUAUCGUGGAUUUUUGAAAUUAUGAAAGAAUCUGAAAUGGAAAA